AGCGUCCCGAGACCGGCUUCAUAUCACAUUAAAGUGGAGCAUAUGGUGUUUGGGCUGGACGGGAGGAAGAAACAAGCGGGACAUGGCCCUCCAAUGGUGACUCUUCCUACCACAGACUCAUCAUAUCUCGACCUCCACUACUUAAGCCAUUGGCUUAAAGAAAAGCUCACUUUCUUCCUUCGAUCUGACGUUCAACUCAAUUGUUGGCUUCAAAACUCAUUUUCUCAAUUAUACAACCACUCAUUGACUUACCCACCUCAACACACAGCUCAGAAUGAAGACUUCAGCUUUCCGAAUCGCUCGAGGCGCCGCUACAGGCCUCCAGAAACGAGCAUACUCACAGGCUGCGACCCCUAGGCAUCUCAUGACAAUUGCUGAUCUUACUCCCAAUGAGUUUGCCAACCUUGUUCGUGAUGCCAAUACUCGAAAAAUAGCUGUCAAGGGUGGAGCUCCGGCCAGCUAUCUCAAUGCCGGUCUUGCUGGUAAGGCCGUUGCUAUGAUGUUCAGCAAGCGCAGCACCCGUACUCGAGUUUCCACUGAAGCUGCUGUGACGAUGCUUGGUGGCCAUCCCAUGUUUCUCGGGAAGGAUGAUAUCCAGCUUGGUGUUAAUGAGUCGCUGUACGACACUUCGGUUGUCAUCUCUUCUAUGACCUCCUGUAUGGUCGCUCGAGUUGGACCUCACUCUGAUGUCGCUAAUCUCGCAAAGCACUCAAGUGUCCCUGUCAUCAACGCUCUGUCCGAUGACUUCCAUCCUCUGCAGACGAUUGCUGACUUCCUCACCCUCUAUGAAACUUUCCCAUCAUCAAGCGCCAAGGGAGCUACACUGGGACUCAAUGGCCUCAAGGUUGCCUGGGUCGGCGAUGCCAACAAUGUUCUGUUCGAUCUCGCCAUCGGUUGUGUCAAGAUGGGUGUUGACAUAUCAGUUGCCGCCCCCAAGGGAUAUGAGAUUCCCGACAACAUGAGGCAACUCAUCACUUCCGCUGCUGACGGCGUGUCCUCACCCGGCAAGCUUUUCGAGACUAACGUCCCCGAAGAGGCUGUUAAGGAUGCCAAUGUCCUAGUGACUGAUACAUGGGUUUCCAUGGGCCAGGAAGCUGACACCCAGAAGCGACUCAAGGACUUUGCUGGUUUCCAGAUCACGAGCGACCUUGCAAAGCGAGGAGGCGCAAAGUCGGACUGGAAAUUCAUGCACUGUCUCCCUCGACAUCCUGAGGAGGUCGCCGAUGAGGUCUUCUACAGCCCCCGCUCUCUGGUAUUUCCCGAGGCCGAGAACCGUCUCUGGGCCGCUGUCUCUGCAUUGGAAGGCUUUGUCGUCAACAACGGCAAGUUCUAAAGCAUGGUGAGAAGAUGGAAUACGAAUGGAUACGAUAUCAUUUACUAGCCACACUUGACAGCAGGUGGCGCAUUGGCGCACGAACAAUAAAAAUAGUCUUAGGAAUUAAAUCAACUAAACCAGAUCCUUUCCUUGAAAACGCCAUUCGGUCGGGUCACUAAUUGAGGUGUCUAUUUAAUUUUAACCGGGAGGGAGCUGACUGGCAUCGACAACCUCGUCUGCCUCCAUGACAAGGGAAUCCUGGUUACCUUCAGACAGAGGAGAUCGGGGUAGAGCCAUCAGACCUGUACGGGCAGACUCAAGAAUGCCAAAGGGAGCGACAAGCUUGAGGAACGAGUCGAUGCGCGACUGCUUAGCAGAACUGGAACCACAUGUCAGUAUUGUGCAUGAUUGAGUAGAUAAGAGGGAGAGGGUGGGCAACAUACACUUCAACAAUGCAGCUGUUGGUACUGAUAUCUAGGACCUUGCCGCCAAACUGAUGGGCAAAGUAAGUGAUCGACUUAAGAUGCUCGUGCUUGUGUCGCAGUGCCUGGCUGACGGCCAACUUGCUAGGGUGGAAGUCCUUGGCGGUAUCGGAGAGGCUACGUUCAAUGGCCUCAUGCGCGUAGUCGACAUCAGUCUCGCCAGCAGCAAUCUCGCGGUGGUGGUGGAGUAGCUCCUCGAAGUACUCGGGACCGAGGAUGUUGAUCUUGGCAAGGAGAAGCUCGCGCUGGACAAGAGCUGCGUUGGUAUAGUCAAGGACGGCCCAGACGGGAACCAGAUCCUCAAGCUGUCGGCGAGCCUGCUCAACAACGCCGUCUUGACCAGUGAGGACGAUGGUCAUGCGGGAAAGGUCGUCAACCUCAGUGUUACACACGACCAGAGAGUCAAUGUUGAACCCGCGAGCUGCCAAAAUUCCGGAAACGCGGGACAGAACACCAGGUUCGUUCUGGACCAGACAGUUAAGGAUAUGGCGCUUGGGGGGAGCGGUUGAAGGGACUGGGGUCUCGUAAAGAAUGUUGGAGACGGCGGCCUGGGCGGACCACGCAGGAGGAUUGUCGCUCACGGGGAGAGGAGCAGAGCGACGGCGGAGGGCCUUGUAGGCAAUGGCGGAGGUCGAGGAGGAGCUAUAUCGCACAGCGGCGACGCCUCUCGCGGAGGCGACCCAGCGGAGGGACGAAGUCAAGGGCCGUAGAGAAGCCAUCUUGCGGAGACAGGAGAACAGGAACAGUUCUCUGGUCAGAACAAGAAGGGUUUCAGCACGGUAGAAAUACCAAUUGGUCCGGGCGGAGGAUGGGAUGAAGGUGACUCAAAGUCAGGAAGAGAUAGGUCGAGGGAAAUGCCGAAAAAAUCAAUGGGCCGUUGAUAGGCCGGUGACCGGAGGCUACAGAGAUACGGGGUGUAGGUGUUUGCGCGGGGGCACGGAUCAGCUCGGCAAGGGUCCGCUGUAAGCUCCAAGUCUACUGUAGGUUAUCAGGAGCUAGGUACCUACCUAUGGAAACAGGGUUGUUUUCGAGCUUGCAUAUCACUGGCAAUACUUUAUACUAUAUGGAUGAACCAUUGAGUCCAGAGCGACUACAGAGGUUAAGUUGUUUUAUAGGCAGUCGUAUAACUUGACGCAAGACAGCAAUUGACCCCAGUUCAUGCC